UACACUAAUAUAUAAACAGGCUGUUGAUAUUUAGCCUAUGUUACACUUUUAACCGGAUGUUACCCAACAACGGAGCUGGGCCACAGCUGAAGGUGUCACCGCUGAUCGUCCGGCUUGGCGCUGUCCACUGCCCGUGGUGCUGAAAUUUGGAGCGUCAACACGUGAUGCCCUUUACUGACACCGCGGGCGCUAAAUUCUAAUUAUACGGUUAAAUAGGCCUGUUAAAUCCAACUUAUACACGUGACUCGCGCUUGAGACAAAUCUGCCAGGUGACAGAGACCAAUGGAGAAAUCAAUUUGAUCAUGUCUAUCGAUUGGAUUUUUUUUUUUUCGCUUAAUGGUUGGUUCUGGUGUGAUCGCGGGUUGCUCAUCGAGUAAUAUGAACGCAAGAAAGUGUUCUUUAGAAAGAUUAUUUAUCUACUUCAUAGCGCCUUCCUGCCAUGAGAUCAUCCACGGGAGAUCCUCUUAUGUGUAAUGGUGAAAUGUGAUCAUCAGUGUAUCCUGACAGUGCUGUCAAAUAGAGCAGUUUAUGCAGCCUAAUAAUACAGAACAUGGCGGAGGCGGUCGUUGGAGGAGGCAUUUGUGGCUCUGGUCCGCCGGGCUCGUUUCCUAGCGACGAAUACGAGUGCAAAAUAUGCUACAACUACUUCGACUUGGAUCGUCACCAUCCCAAACUGCUCAGCUGUUCCCACACCUUCUGCCUGGAAUGCCUCGAAACGUUGCACUUCCGGGAGGGUCGGGGAUGGAGAAUCGGUUGCCCAGUGUGCCGCCACCGAACUCCUUUAACGGAAUGCCGGGUCCGCAACCUCUCCGACAACACAGCUCUCACCGAAGCGCUCGCGCUUAAGAAGCACGAGCCCGAGGACUCGUCAAACGCAGAAGAAAAAACGGCUCUGCCCGCUUCUCCUGCGACCUCCGCGGAGACCGGCGGCGGCAGAUGGGAAACGUGCAAACAAGUUGCGUUCAAGACAAGUUGCGUGUGCGCCAUCUUUUCUUUCCUCUCCAUGGCGGUGCUUUUAUUUCUGGGCCUCAUUUUUGUGCAUAAUCUCAGCCACAUCAGGUCGCUCAUCCCUGUCUGCUUGUCUGUGGCCAGCAUCCUCGCCCUGCUCUCGGUUAUUCUGACUUGGUUAACCUGCAUGCUUUAUCAACCUGAAACUGAAGCAAGCAACCCAGUUUAUCUCAAUAUCAUGUGAUCACCUGGCUGCAGAGCUAAGGUACACCAACGAAACCUAGCCUGUUGAGAACAGCUAAAGGGAAUUCCUUCUUUUUUCUUUUCUUUUUUUUUUUUUUCAGUGAUUAGAAAUCUCUUAUGGUGUUUCAGGAAGUGGUAUGUUUGUGGAUAACUGCAGAAUCUCUGCCGCACCGUCUUGCUGUACUGGGACGCUUUAACUAACUAAACUGUAGUUUGCUUUGAAAACGGAAAAUUAUAUGAUAAAUUAAGCAAAUCUUUCAAGUAGCCCCUAAAGCAUUUAAAGCAUGCUGAAGCUUAGCGCUGAAAGCUGCUUUGAACAGCUGUAUGAGAAUGUGUAUGUAUCUGUGUAAAGCUAAUGGCACUUGACGGAAUUACUAUAAUCUUCUGUGCCUGUUUUCCUUAUAACUACCUCUGUGUGAUUACACUGACUCCCCAUGGUGGACCAGGGCAACAGCAGGGGAUCCCAGGUCAGUCACCCUGAGGGGACAUGAGCCUUAAAAAGAUGAGAAAAAUAACUUUGGGGUGGGAGGGUGUGAGCUUCUUUUUUUUUUUUUUUAAGUAAUGGCACAAUAGAAGUGCAGGAAACCUCCUAAAUGUCUCUAAUAAUCUGAUUGGCUAAAGACUGACCGAAUCAUUACAAUUAUGCCUAGAUCACUCUUAGAGGUUUAAGCGUAUGAGGAAAUCCACAAAAAUCAUUGGAUUUUUGUGGAUUUGUUUUAUG